CCAGCAGCCCACUCCCGGGUCCCUCCAGGGUCUGCCCCGCUCACCAGUCCUAGCCCCGCUCCGGCCCCGCCCGGCCCCGCCCUCUCCCCACAGCUCUGGGCAGACCCGCCCGCCCGAGCCGGAGUUACAAGAGCCGCCUCCGCGCACGGGGGCCCGGCCACUCGGCGCUGCUCUGCCGCGGGGACUGCACCGCCCGCCCUGCCAGACCCGCCCGGAACGGGGCUCGUCGCCGCCAGUAGCCGCAGCACCGCAGCCUCGGGCCUCGCGCCGGCUAUGGCUGUGCCCCGGGGCUGAGCCCUCAGGUUGUGACCGAGAUCCUGACGAGAGAGACUGAGGGGAAGAGAGGAAGGAGGGGCGGGUUCCUGGCAAGGCAUUUGCUCCUGAGCGGAAUCCUGCAAAGAUGGAGAAGGAGGAGGAGACAACCCGGGAGCUGCUGCUGCCCAACUGGCAGGGUAGCGGCUCCCACGGGCUGACCAUCGCCCAAAGGGAUGACGGCGUCUUUGUGCAGGAGGUGACGCAGAACUCCCCUGCGGCCCGCACUGGGGUGGUCAAGGAGGGGGACCAGAUUGUGGGUGCCACCAUCUACUUUGACAACCUGCAGUCGGACGAGGUGACCCAGCUGCUGAACACCAUGGGGCACCACACGGUGGGCCUGAAGCUGCACCGCAAGGGGGACCGCUCCCCCGAGCCUGGCCAGACCUGGACCCGUGAAGUCUUCAGCUCCCGCAGCUCUGAAGUGGUUCUGAGCGGGGAUGAUGAGGAGUACCAGCGCAUCUACACCACGAAGAUCAAGCCACGGCUGAAGUCGGAAGACGGAGUGGAAGGAGACCUUGGGGAGACCCAGAGCCGCACCAUCACGGUGACCAGAAGAGUCACGGCCUACACUGUGGAUGUGACCGGCCGGGAAGGAGCCAAGGACAUAGACAUCAGUAGCCCUGAAUUCAAGAUCAAGAUUCCAAGACAUGAACGGACUGAAAUCUCCAAUGUGGAUGUGGAGACCCAGUCUGGAAAGACCGUGAUCAGACUGCCCUCGGGCUCGGGGGCAGCCUCUCCAACGCCAGGCUCUGCUGUGGAUAUCCGAGCAGGGGCCAUUUCUGCUUCAGGACCAGAGCUCCAAGGUGCUGGCCACUCAAAGCUCCAGGUCACCAUGCCUGGGAUAAAGGUGGGAGGCUCAGGUGUCAAUGUCAGUGCAAAGGGCUUGGACUUGGGUGGCAGAGGAGGGGUCCAAGUUCCAGCAGUGGACAUUUCAUCUUCUCUUGGGGGUGGGGCAGUAGAGGUGCAGGGCCCAUCUCUGGAGAGUGGUGAUCAUGGCAAAAUUAAAAUUCCCACCAUGAAGGUGCCGAAAUUUGGUGUCUUGACAGGGCCUGAGGGCCAGACGCCCGAGGCAGGGCUGAGGGUUUCUGCACCUGAAGUCUCUGUGGGGCACAAGGGCGGCAAGCCAGGCUUGACUAUUCAAGCCCCUCAGCUGGAAGUCAGCGUGCCCUCUGCCAAUAUUGGGGGCCUUGAGGGGAAGCUGAAGGGGCCCCAAAUCACUGGGCCAUCACUUGAGGGUGACCUAGGCCUGAAAGGUGCCAAGCCACAGGGGCGCAUUGGGGUCGACGCCUCUGCUCCCCAAAUUGGGGGUAGCAUCACUGGCCCCAGUGUGGAAGUUCAGGCCCCUGACAUUGAUGUUCAGGGGCCUGGGAGCAAACUGAACGUGCCCAAGAUGAAAGUCCCCAAGUUCUCUGUAUCAGGUGCAAAGGGAGAGGAAACUGGGAUUGAUGUGACACUGCCUACAGGUGAAGUGACUGUCCCUGGGGUCUCUGGGGAUGUCAGCCUGCCUGAGAUUGCUACUGGUGGGCUGGAAGGAAAGAUGAAAGGUACUAAAGUCAAGACUCCUGAAAUGAUUAUUCAGAAACCUAAAAUCUCCAUGCAGGAUGUGGAUCUGAGCCUUGGGUCUCCUAAACUGAAAGGAGAUAUUAAGGUUUCUGCUCCUGGGGUGCAAGGUGAUGUUAAAGGCCCUCAAGUGGCAGUUAAAGGCCCCAGAGUGAACAUAGAGACCCCAAACCUAGAGGGAACCUUGACAGGCCCCAGGCUUGGCAGUCCUUCUGGGAAAACCGGAACCUGUAGGAUCUCUAUGGCAGAAGUAGACUUAAAUGUGGCCACACCUAAAGUGAAAGGGGGUGUAGAUGUUACACUCCCCAAAGUAGAAGGGAAAGUCAAAGUCCCUGAAGUUGAUGUCAAAGGCCCCAAAGUGGACAUCAGUGCCCCAGAUGUCGAAGCACAUGGCCCAGAAUGGAACCUGAAAAUGCCCAAGAUGAAAAUGCCCACGUUCAGCACUCCAGGAGCCAAAGGGGAAGGUCCAGAUGUGCAUAUGACUCUACCCAAAGGAGAUGUCAGUAUUUCAGGGCCCAAGGUCAGUGUGGAAGCCCCAGAUGUCAACAUAGAGGGUCUGGGGGGGAAGCUUAAAGGCCGCCCUGAUGUUAAGCUGCCUGAUAUGAGUGUCAAGACACCAAAGAUCUCCAUGCCUGAUGUAGAUUUGCACGUGAAAGGUACAAAGGUGAAGGGAGAGUAUGAUGUAACUGUACCAAAGCUUGAAGGAGAACUCAAAGGCCCGAAAGUGAACAUUGAUGCCCCAGAUGUGGAUGUUCAUGGCCCAGACUGGCACUUGAAGAUGCCCAAGAUGAAAAUACCCAAAUUCAGUGCGCCAGGGUUCAAAGCAGAGGGCCCAGAAGUGGAUGUGAACCUGCCCAAGGCUGAUGUGGACAUUUCCGGGCCCAAGGUAGAUGUUAGUGUUCCUGAUGUGAGCAUUGAGGGACCAGAAGGGAAAUUGAAAGGGCCCAAGUUUAAGAUGCCUGAGAUGAACAUCAAAGUCCCCAAGAUCUCCAUGCCUGAUGUGGAUUUACAUUUGAAAGGCCCUAACGUAAAGGGAGAAUAUGAUGUCACAAUGCCAAAGGUUGAAAGUGAGAUUAAAGUUCCUGAUGUUGAACUUAAAAGUGCCAAAGUGGACAUCGAUGCCCCAGAUGUGGAGGUUCAAGGUCCAGACUGGCACCUGAAGAUGCCCAAGAUGAAAAUGCCCAAGUUCAGCAUGCCUGGCUUCAAAGCAGAGGGCCCAGAAGUGGAUGUGAACCUGCCCAAGGCUGAAGUUGACAUCUCAGGACCCAAGGUGGAUGUUGAAGUUCCAGAUGUGAAUAUUGAAGGACCUGAAGGAAAGCUGAAGGGCCCCAAGUUCAAGAUGCCAGAGAUGAAUAUCAAGGCCCCCAAGAUCUCCAUGCCUGAUGUGGACUUGCAUAUGAAAGGUCCUAAAGUAAAGGGAGAAUAUGAUGUGACAGUGCCAAAGCUGGAAGGGGAGCUGAAAGGCCCAAAAGUAGAUGUCAGUGCCCCAGAUGUUGAAAUGCAGGGUCCUGACUGGAACUUGAAGAUGCCAAAGAUUAAAAUGCCCAAAUUUAGCAUGCCCAGCCUCAAAGGAGAGGGGCCAGAAUUGGAUGUGAACCUGUCCAAAGCGAAUGUGGACAUUUCUGCACCAAAAGUAGACCUUAGUGCUCCAGAUCUGAGCCUUGAAGGACCUGAAGGGAAGUUGAAAGGCCCCAAGUUUAAGAUGCCUGAGAUGCACUUCAAAGCUCCUAAGAUGUCUCUGCCAGAUGUUGACCUGGAUCUUAAAGGACCCAAAAUGAAAGGAAAUGUAGAUAUUUCUGCACCAAAGAUAGAGGGUGAGAUGCAGGUUCCAGAUGUGGACAUCAGAGGUCCCAAGGUAGACAUUAAAGCACCAGAUGUGGAAGGCCAAGGCCCAGACUGGAGCCUGAAAAUACCCAAGAUGAAAAUGCCCAAGUUCAGCAUGCCCAGUCUCAAAGGUGAGGGCCCAGAAGUGGAUGUGAACUUGCCUAAGGCUGACAUUGCUGUCUCAGGACCCAAGGUGGACAUUGAAGCCCCAGAUGUGAGCCUCGAAGGUCCAGAAGGGAAACUGAAGGGUCCCAAGUUUAAGAUGCCUGAGAUGCACUUCAAGACCCCCAAGAUCUCCAUGCCAGAUGUGGACUUACACUUAAAAGGCCCUAAAGUCAAAGGGGAUGUGGAUUUGUCUGUGCCCAAGGUAGAAGGUGAAAUGAAAGUGCCAGAUGUUGACAUCAAAGGACCCAAAGUGGACAUUGAUGCCCCGGAUGUGGAUGUUCAUGGCCCAGACUGGCACCUGAAGAUGCCCAAGAUGAAAAUGCCCAAGUUCAGCAUGCCUGGCUUCAAAGCAGAGGGCCCUGAAGUGGAUGUGAACCUCCCCAAGGCCGACAUUGAUGUCUCAGGACCCAAGGUGGAUGUUGAAGUCCCAGAUGUGAGCCUUGAGGGCCCGGAAGGAAAGCUGAAGGGCCCCAAGUUUAAGAUGCCUGAGAUGCACUUCAAGACCCCCAAGAUCUCCAUGCCUGAUGUGGACCUGAAUCUUAAGGGGCCAAAACUGAAGGGAGAUGUGGAUGUGUCCUUGCCUGAGGUAGAAGGUGACAUGAAAGUGCUAGAUGUUGAUAUCAAAGGGCCCAAAGUUGACAUUAGUGCUCCAGAUGUGGAUGUUCAUGGCCCAGACUGGCACCUAAAGAUGCCCAAGGUGAAAAUGCCCAAGUUCAGCAUGCCUGGCUUCAAAGGAGAGGGCCCUGAAGUGGAUGUGAAGCUGCCCAAGGCUGACCUUGAUGUCUCAGGACCCAAGGUGGAUGUUGAAGUUCCAGAUGUGAAUAUCGAAGGUCCAGACGCAAAACUAAAAGGUCCUAAAUUCAAGAUGCCAGAAAUGAAUAUAAAGCCUCAGAAGAUAUCCAUGCCAGAUGUGGGUUUGCAUUUGAAAGGUCCUAAAAUGAAAGAUUAUGAUGUUACAGUUCCAAAAGUAGAAGGAGAGAUAAAAGCUUCUGAUGUUGACAUCAAAGGCCCAAAAGUUGACAUUAAUGCACCAGAUGUGGAGGUUCAUGGCCCAGACUGGCACCUGAAGAUGCCCAAGGUGAAAAUGCCCAAGUUCAGCAUGCCUGGCUUCAAAGGAGAGGGCCCUGAAGUGGAUGUGAACCUGCCCAAGGCUGACAUUGGUGUUUCGGGACCCAAGGUGGACAUUGAUGUUCCAGAUGUGAAUCUUGAAACUCCAGAGGGAAAACUAAAAGGCCCUAAGUUCAAGAUGCCAAGCAUGAAUAUACAGACACACAAAAUCUCUAUGCCUGAUGUUGGGCUUAAUUUGAAAGCUCCUAAACUGAAAACUGAUGUAGAUGUUUCCCUUCCCAAAGUGGAAGGAGAUUUGAAGGGUCCUGAAAUUGAUGUGAAAGCCCCUAAGAUGGAUGUGAAUGUUGGUGAUAUUGAUAUUGAAGGUCCAGAAGGGAAGUUGAAGGGCCCCAAGUUUAAGAUGCCUGAGAUGCAUUUCAAGACCCCCAAGAUCUCCAUGCCGGAUGUGGACUUACACUUGAAAGGCCCCAAAGUCAAAGGGGAUGUGGAUGUGUCUGUGCCCAAGGUAGAAGGUGAAAUGAAAGUGCCGGAUGUUGACAUCAAAGGACCCAAAGUGGACAUUGAUGCCCCAGAUGUGGAGGUUCAAGGCCCAGAUUGGCAUCUGAAGAUGCCCAAGAUGAAAAUGCCCAAGUUCAGUAUGCCCGGCUUCAAAGCAGAGGGCCCCGAAGUGGAUGUGAAUCUGCCAAAGGCUGACAUUGAUGUGUCUGGACCCAGUGUGGACAUUGAUGCUCCUGAUUUGGAUAUUGAGGGACCAGAAGGAAAGUUGAAAGGCUCCAAAUUUAAGAUGCCCAAGUUGAAUAUAAAAGCUCCCAAGAUCUCCAUGCCAGAUGUGGACUUGAAUUUGAAGGGACCCAAACUGAAGGGAGAGAUAGAUGCUUCUGUGCCAGAACUGGAAGGUGAUCUCAGAGGGCCGCAAGUUGAUAUCAAAGGUCCUUCUGUGGGAGCGGAGGUGCCUGAUGUUGAUCUGGAGUGUCCUGAUGCAAAGUUGAAAGGGCCCAAGUUUAAGAUGCCUGAGAUGCACUUCAAGGCCCCCAAGAUCUCCAUGCCUGAUGUGGACUUACACUUGAAAGGCCGCAAAGUCAAAGGGGAUGUGGAUGUGUCUGUGCCCAAGGUAGAAGGUGAAAUGAAAGUGCCAGAUGUUGACAUCAAAGGACCCAAAGUGGACAUUGAUGCCCCAGAUGUGGAUGUUCAUGGCCCAGACUGGCACCUGAAGAUGCCCAAGAUGAAAAUGCCCAAGUUCAGCAUGCCUGGCUUCAAAGCAGAGGGCCCUGAAGUGGAUGUGAACCUGCCCAAGGCUGAUGUCGAUGUCUCAGGACCCAAGGUGGACGUUGAAGUUCCAGAUGUGAGCCUUGAAGGUCCAGAAGGGAAGCUGAAGGGCCCCAAGUUUAAGAUGCCUGAGAUGCACUUCAAGACCCCCAAGAUCUCCAUGCCAGAUGUGGACUUACACUUGAAAGGCCCCAAAAUCAAAGGGGAUGUGGAUGUGUCUGUACCAAAAUUGGAAGGAGAUUUAACAGGCCCCAGUGUGGAUCUGGAGAUGCCUGAUGUUGAGCUGGAGUGUCCUGAUGCAAAGUUGAAAGGCCCUAAAUUUAAGAUGCCAGACAUGCACUUCAAGACCCCCAAGAUCUCCAUGCCAGAUGUGGACUUACACUUGAAAGGCCCUAAAGUCAAAGGGGAUGUGGAUGUGUCUGUACCAAAAUUGGAGGGAGAUUUAACAGGCCCCAGUGUAGAUGUGGAGGUGCCUGAUGUUGAGCUGGAGUGUCCUGAUGCAAAGUUGAAAGGGCCCAAGUUUAAGAUGCCUGAGAUGCACUUCAAGACCCCCAAGAUCUCCAUGCCGGAUGUGAACUUAAACUUGAAAGGCCCCAAAGUCAAAGGGGAUGUGGAUGUGUCUGUGCCCAAGGUAGAAGGUGAAAUGAAAGUGCCAGAUGUUGACAUCAAAGGGCCCAAAGUGGACAUUGAUGCCCCAGAUGUGGAUGUUCAUGGCCCAGACUGGCACCUGAAGAUGCCCAAGAUGAAAAUGCCCAAGUUCAGCAUGCCUGGCUUCAAAGCAGAGGGCCCUGAAGUGGAUGUGAACUUACCCAAGGCUGACAUUGAUGUCUCAGGACCCAAGGUGGAUGUCGAAGUCCCAGAUGUGAGCCUUGAAUGUCCAGAAGGGAAGCUGAAGGGCCCCAAGUUUAAGAUGCCUGAGAUGCACUUUAAGACCCCCAAGAUCUCCAUGCCUGAUGUCGAUUUCAAUUUAAAGGGACCCAAAAUCAAAGGAGAUGUUGACGUUUCUGCCCCAAAGCUGGAAGGAGAGUUAAAAGGUCCAGAAUUGGAUGUCAAAGGUCCCAAAUUAGAUGCUGACAUGCCAGAAGUAGCUGUGGAAGGCCCAAAUGGCAAGUGGAAAACUCCUAAGUUCAAGAUGCCAGAUAUGCACUUUAAAGCUCCCAAAAUCUCUAUGCCAGACCUCGAUCUACACUUGAAGGGCCCCAAGGCAAAAGGAGAGGUGGAUGUAGAUGUUCCCAAAUUGGAAGGGGAACUUAAAGGGCCACAUGUGGACGUCAGUGGGCCAGACAUUGACAUUGAGGGACCAGAGGGCAAAUUGAAAGGCCCUAAGUUCAAGAUGCCUGAUAUGCAUUUCAAAGCCCCCAGUAUUUCUAUGCCGGAUGUUGACCUAAAUCUCAAAGGACCCCAAAUCAAGGGGGAUGUAGAUGUGUCUGUGCCUGAGGUAGAAGGUAAAAUUGAAGUACCAGAUGUGAACAUCAAGGGCCCCAAAGUUGAUGUAAAUGCCCCCGAUGUCCAAGGUCCAGACUGGCACCUAAAGAUGCCCAAGAUGAAAAUGCCCAAGUUCAGCAUGCCUGGCUUCAAAGCAGAGGGCCCUGAAGUGGGUGUAAACCUGCCCAAGGCCGACAUUGAUGUCUCAGGACCCAAAGUGGACAUUGAAGGCCCUGAUGUUAACAUUGAAGGACCAGACGGAAAGUUGAAAGGGCCUAAGUUCAAGAUGCCAGAGAUGAACAUCAAAGCCCCCAAGAUCUCCAUGCCUGACUUUGAUUUGCAUCUGAAAGGUCCCAAGGUGAAGGGCGAUGUGGAUGUUUCUCUGCCCAAAGUGGAAGGCGACCUCAAGGGCCCCGAAGUUGACAUCAAGGGGCCCAAAGUGGAUAUCGAUGCCCCAGAUGUGGGUGUUCAAGGCCCAGACUGGCACCUGAAGAUGCCCAAGGUGAAAAUGCCAAAGUUCAGCAUGCCUGGCUUCAAGGGAGAGGGCCCAGAUGUGGAUGUGAAGCUGCCCAAGGCUGACAUUGAUGUCUCGGGACCCAAAGUGGACAUUGAAGGCCCUGAUGUUAACAUUGAAGGGCCGGAGGGAAAAUUGAAAGGGCCUAAGUUCAAGAUGCCAGAGAUGAACAUCAAAGCCCCCAAGAUCUCCAUGCCUGACUUUGACUUAAACCUGAAAGGCCCCAAAGUAAAGGGUGAUGUGGAUGUUUCCCUUCCUAAAGUGGAAGGUGACCUCAAGGGCCCAGAAGUUGAUAUCAAGGGCCCAAAAGUGGACAUUGACGCACCUGAUGUUGAUGUUCAUGGCCCAGACUGGCACCUAAAGAUGCCCAAGAUAAAAAUGCCCAAGAUCAGCAUGCCUGGCUUCAAAGGAGAGGGUCCAGAUGUGGAUGUGAACCUACCCAAGGCUGACCUUGAUGUCUCAGGACCGAAAGUGGAUGUUGAGUGUCCCGAUGUGAAUAUUGAAGGACCUGAAGGAAAGUGGAAAAGUCCAAAGUUUAAGAUGCCUGAGAUGCAUUUUAAGACUCCAAAGAUAUCCAUGCCGGAUAUUGACCUGAAUCUCACAGGUCCAAAAAUAAAAGGAGAUGUGGACGUUACAGGCCCUAAGGUAGAGGGAGAUCUGAAAGGUCCUGAAGUUGACCUCAAAGGCCCCAAAGUGGACAUUGAUGUCCCAGAUGUUAAUGUUCAGGGUCCAGACUGGCACUUGAAGAUGCCCAAGAUGAAAAUGCCCAAGUUCAGCAUGCCUGGCUUCAAAGCAGAGGGCCCAGAUCUGGAUGUGAACCUGCCCAAGGCUGACAUUGAUGUCUCAGGACCCAAAGUGGACAUUGAAGGCCCUGAUGUUAACAUUGAAGGACCAGACGGAAAGUUGAAAGGGCCUAAGUUCAAGAUGCCAGAGAUGAACAUCAAAGCCCCCAAGAUCUCCAUGCCUGACUUUGAUUUGCAUCUGAAAGGUCCCAAGGUGAAGGGCGAUGUGGAUGUUUCUCUGCCCAAAGUGGAAGGCGACCUCAAGGGCCCCGAAGUUGACAUCAAGGGCCCCAAAGUGGACAUUGAUGUCCCGGAUGUGGAUGUUCAAGGCCCAGACUGGCACCUGAAGAUGCCCAAGGUGAAAAUGCCCAAGUUCAGCAUGCCUGGUUUCAAAGGAGAGGGCCCAGAUGUGGAUGUGAACCUGCCCAAGGCUGACAUUGACGUCUCAGGACCCAAAGUGGACAUUGAUGUUCCAGAUGUGAAUAUCGAAGGUCCAGAGGGAAAGUUAAAAGGUCCCAAGUUCAAGAUGCCUGAGAUGAAUAUCAAAGCCCCCAAGAUCUCCAUGCCUGACAUUGAUCUUCACCUGAAAGGCCCCAAGGUGAAGGGUGAUGUGGAUGUGUCUCUGCCCAAAGUGGAAGGUGACGUGAAAGUUCCUGAUGUGGAUAUUAAAGGCCCCAAAGUGGACAUUGAUGCCCCAGAUGUGGACGUUCAAGGCCCAGACUGGCACCUGAAGAUGCCUAAGAUAAAAAUGCCAAAGAUCAGCAUGCCUGGCUUCAAAGGAGAAGGUCCAGAAGUGGAUGUGAACCUGCCCAAGGCUGACCUUGACAUCUCAGGACCCAAGGUGGACAUUGAUGUUCCAGAUAUGAAUAUUGAAGGUCCAGAUGCAAAACUGAAGGGCCCUAAAUUCAAGAUGCCAGAGAUGAACAUCAAAGCUCCUAAAAUAUCAAUGCCUGAUUUAGACCUCAAUCUUAAAGGCCCUAAGAUGAAAGGAGAGGUGGAUGUUUCACUUCCAAAUGUAGAAGGUGAUUUGAAAGGACCUGCUCUUGACAUAAAAGGCCCAAAGAUAGAUGUAGAUGCUCCAGAUAUUGACAUUCAUGGCCCAGAUGCCAAAUUAAAAGGUCCAAAACUGAAGAUGCCUGACAUGCAUGUAAACAUGCCUAAGAUCUCCAUGCCAGAAAUUGACUUGAAUUUGAAAGGCUCAAAGCUUAAAGGAGAUGUCGAUGUCUCUGGGCCCAAGUUGGAAGGUGACAUUAAAGCUCCCGGUUUGGAUAUAAAGGGCCCAGAAGUGGACGUUUCUGGUCCUAAGCUUAAUAUUGAAGGCAAGUCAAAGAAAUCUCGUUUUAAGCUUCCCAAAUUUAAUUUUUCAGGCUCCAAAGUUCAGACACCUGAGGUGGAUGUCAAAGGUAAAAAGCCAGAUAUUGACAUAACAGGUCCAAAAGUUGAUAUUAAUGCUCCUGAUGUCGAGGUCCAAGGAAAAGUGAAAGGAUCCAAGUUUAAAAUGCCUUUCCUGAGUAUUUCAUCUCCCAAAGUUUCUGUGCCUGAUGUGGAGCUAAAUUUGAAAGGUCCUAAAGUCAAAGGAGACUUAGAUGUUGCAGGUCCCAAUUUAGAGGGUGACUUGAAAGGCCCCAAAGUGGAUAUUAAGGCACCAGAAGUCAAUCUAAAUGCACCUGAGGUGGAUGUUCAUGGUCCAGACUGGAAUCUGAAAAUGCCCAAGAUGAAAAUGCCCAAAUUCAGUGUGCCUGGCUUAAAAGCAGAAGGGCCAGAUGUAGCUUUGGAUCUGCCAAAAGGAGACAUCAACAUAGAGGGCCCAAGUAUGAACAUUGAGGGCCCAGAACUCAAUGUGGAAGGUCCAGAGGGAGGCUUGAAAGGCCCCAAAUUCAAGAUGCCUGACAUGAAUGUCAAAGCUCCCAAGAUCUCCAUGCCUGACCUUGACUUCAACUUGAAGGGCCCCAAGGUGAAAGGUGAUGUGGAUGUUUCUCUUCCCAAACUUGAAGGGGAUCUGAAAGGGCCAGAGGUUGAUAUCAAAGGCCCUAAAGUGGACAUCAGUGCCCCAGAUGUGGAUGUUCAUGGUCCAGACUGGCAUCUGAAGAUGCCCAAAGUGAAAAUGCCCAAGUUCAGCAUGCCUGGCUUCAAAGGAGAGGGCCCAGAAGUGGAUGUGAACCUGCCCAAGGCUGACCUUGACAUCUCAGGACCCAAGGUGGACAUUGAUGUUCCAGAUGUGAAUAUUGAAGGUCCGGAUGCAAAGCUGAAGGGCCCCAAGUUCAAGAUGCCAGAGAUGAACAUCAAAGCCCCCAAGAUCUCCAUGCCUGACUUUGACCUGAACUUGAAGGGACCGAAAAUGAAGGGCGAUGUGGAUGUUUCCCUUCCUAAAAUGGAAGGUGACCUCAAGGGCCCAGAAGUUGACAUCAAGGGCCCCAAAGUGGACAUUGACACUCCUGACAUUAACAUUGAAGGCCCAGAGGGUAAAUUGAAGGGACCCAAAUUUAAGGUACCAGAGAUGCAUCUGAAGUCUCCCAAAAUAUCGAUGCCUGACAUUGAUUUAAACCUGAAGGGCCCCAAGGUGAAGGGCGAUGUGGACGUUUCUCUGCCCAAAGUGGAAGGCGACCUUAAGGGCCCUGAAGUUGACAUCAAAGGCCCCAAAGUGGACAUUAAUGCUCCGGAUGUGGAUGUUCAAGGCCCAGACUGGCACCUGAAGAUGCCCAAGGUGAAAAUGCCCAAGUUCAGCAUGCCUGGUUUCAAAGGAGAGGGCCCAGAUGUGGAUGUGAACCUGCCCAAGGCUGACAUUGAUGUCUCAGGCCCCAAGGUGGACAUUGAUGUUCCAGAUGUGAAUAUCGAAGGGCCAGAGGGAAAGUUGAAAGGGCCUAAGUUCAAGAUGCCUGAAAUGAACAUCAAAGCCCCCAAGAUCUCCAUGCCUGACAUUGAUCUUCACCUGAAAGGCCCCAAGGUGAAGAGUGACGUGGAUGUGUCUCUGCCCAAAGUGGAAGGUGAUGUGAAAGUUCCUGAUGUGGAUAUUAAAGGCCCCAAAGUGGAUAUUAAUGCCCCAGAUGUGGAUGUUCAAGGCCCAGACUGGCACCUGAAGAUGCCUAAGAUAAAAAUGCCAAAGAUCAGCAUGCCUGGCUUCAAAGGAGAAGGUCCAGAAGUGGAUGUGAACCUGCCCAAGGCUGACAUUGACGUCUCAGGGCCCAAGGUGGACAUUGAUGUUCCAGAUGUGAAUAUCGAAGGUCCAGAUGCGAAACUGAAGGGCCCUAAAUUCAAGAUGCCAGAGAUGAACAUCAAAGCUCCCAAGAUCUCCAUGCCUGAUUUUGAUUUGCAUUUGAAAGGCCCUAAGGUGAAAGGAGAUGUGGAUGUUUCUCUGCCUAAGAUGGAAGGUGAUCUAAAGGCCCCUGAAGUUGACAUCAAGGGCCCCAAAGUGGACAUUGAUGCCCCAGAUGUGGAUGUUCAUGGUCCAGACUGGCACCUGAAGAUGCCCAAGGUGAAAAUGCCCAAAUUCAGCAUGCCAGGAUUUAAAGGAGAGGGCCCAGAAGUGGAUGUUAAUUUGCCCAAAGCUGACAUUGAUGUCUCAGGACCCAAAGUGGACAUUGACACUCCUGAUAUUGACAUUCAUGGUCCAGAAGGGAAACUGAAGGGCCCCAAAUUUAAAAUGCCUGACCUGCACCUCAAGGCACCGAAGAUCUCUAUGCCGGAAGUUGACCUGAAUCUGAAAGGUCCAAAGGUGAAGGGUGAUGUGGACGUUUCUCUGCCCAAAGUGGAAGGUGACCUCAAGGGCCCCGAAGUUGACAUCAAGGGCCCCAAAGUGGACGUUGAUGUCCCAGAUGUGGAUGUUCAAGGCCCAGACUGGCACCUAAAAAUGCCCAAAGUGAAAAUGCCCAAGUUCAGCAUGCCUGGUUUUAAAGGAGAGGGCCCAGAAGUGGAUGUGAACCUGCCCAAGGCUGACUUUGACGUCUCAGGACCCAAGGUGGACAUUGAUGUUCCAGAUGUGAAUAUCGAAGGUCCAGAUGCGAAACUGAAGGGCCCCAAGUUCAAGAUGCCAGAGAUGAACAUCAAAGCCCCCAAGAUCUCCAUGCCUGACUUUGAUUUGCAUCUGAAAGGCCCCAAGGUGAAGGGCGAUGUGGAUGUUUCCCUUCCUAAAGUGGAAGGCGACCUCAAGGGCCCAGAAGUUGACAUCAAGGUCCCCAAAGUGGACAUCGACGCCCCUGAUGUGGAUGUUCAAGGCCCAGACUGGCACCUGAAGAUGCCCAAGGUGAAAAUGCCCAAGUUCAGCAUGCCAGGAUUCAAAGGGGAGGGCCCAGAUGUGGAUGUGAACCUGCCCAAGGCUGAUAUUGACAUCUCUGCCCCCAAAGUGGACAUUGAUGCCCCUGAUGUCAGUAUUGAAGGUCCAGAUGCAAAACUGAAGGGCCCAAAGUUCAAGAUGCCAGAGAUGAACAUCAAGGCCCCGAAGAUCUCCAUGCCUGACCUUGACUUUAACUUGAAGGGCCCCAAAGUGAAGGGUGAUGUGGGUGUCUCUCUACCCAAAGUGGAAGGUGAUCUCAAGGGCCCUGAAAUUGACAUAAAAGGCCCCAGUUUGGACAUGGACACCCCUGAUGUCAAUAUUGGAGGUCCGGAAGGAAAACUGAAGGGGCCCAAAUUUAAGAUGCCUGAGAUGAACAUCAAAGCCCCCAAGAUCUCCAUGCCUGACUUUGACUUGCAUCUGAAAGGUCCAAAAGCAAAGGGCGAUGUGGAUGUUUCACUACCUAAGCUGGAAGGUGAUCUGAAAGGACCAGAGGUAGACAUCGAAGGUCCUGAAGGGAAGCUCAAAGGUCCCAAGUUUAAGAUGCCUGAUGUUCAUUUCAAAACCCCACAAAUCUCCAUGAGUGACAUUGAUUUGAAUUUGAAAGGACCUAAGAUAAAAGGAGAUAUGGACAUUUCCGUUCCUAAACUGGAAGGAGAUCUGAAAGGUCCCCAAGUGGAUGUCAAAGGCCCUAAAGUGGACAUUGACACUCCUGAUAUUGACAUUCAUGGUCCAGAAGGGAAACUGAAGGGCCCCAAAUUUAAAAUGCCUGACCUGCACCUCAAGGCACCGAAGAUCUCUAUGCCGGAAGUUGACCUGAAUCUGAAAGGUCCAAAGGUGAAGGGCGAUGUGGACAUUUCUCUACCCAAAGUGGAAGGCGACCUCAAGGGCCCCGAAGUUGACAUCAGGGGCCCCAAAGUGGACGUUGAUGUCCCAGAUGUGGAUGUUCAAGGCCCAGACUGGCACCUAAAAAUGCCCAAAGUGAAAAUGCCCAAGUUCAGCAUGCCUGGCUUCAAAGGAGAGGGCCCAGAAGUGGAUGUGAACCUGCCCAAGGCUGACUUUGACGUCUCAGGACCCAAGGUGGACAUUGAUGUUCCAGAUGUGAAUAUCGAAGGUCCAGAUGCGAAACUGAAGGGCCCCAAGUUCAAGAUGCCUGAGAUGAACAUCAAAGCCCCCAAGAUCUCCAUGCCUGACUUUGACUUAAACCUGAAAGGCCCCAAAGUGAAGGGCGAUGUGGAUGUUUCCCUUCCUAAAGUGGAAGGCGAUCUCAAGGGCCCAGAAGUUGACAUCAAGGGCCCAAAAGUGGACAUCGACGCCCCUGAUGUGGAUGUUCAAGGCCCAGAUUGGCACCUGAAGAUGCCCAAGGUGAAAAUGCCCAAAUUCAGCAUGCCCGGCUUCAAAGGAGAAGGCCCAGAUGUGGAUGUGAAUCUGCCCAAGGCCGACAUCGAUGUCUCGGGACCCAAGGUGGACACUGAUGUUCCAGAUGUGAAUAUCGAAGGUCCAGAUGCAAAACUGAAGGGCCCCAAGUUCAAGAUGCCUGAUAUUAAUAUCAAAGCUCCCAAGAUCUCCAUACCUGAUGUUGACCUAGAUUUGAAAGGACCCAAAGUAAAAGGAGAGUAUGAUGUGUCCAUCCCUAAGGUUGAAGGGACUUUGAAAGGCCCAGAAGUAGACCUUAAAGGUCCAAACCUGGAUUUCGAAGGCCCCAAUGCAAAACUCAGUGGCCCAUCUUUGAAGAUGCCAUCACUGGAGAUAUCUGCUCCUAAAGUAACUGCUCCUGAUGUUGAUUUGCAUCUCAAGGCACCAAAAAUUGGAUUUUCAGGUCCGAAGUUAGAAGGUGGUGAAGUGGACCUCAAGGGACCCAAAGUUGAAGCUCCAAGCUUAGAUGUACACAUGGACAGCCCAGAUAUUAACAUUGAAGGGCCAGAUGUUAAAAUCCCCAAAUUUAAGAAACCCAAGUUUGGAUUUGGGGCAAAAAGUCCCAAAGCUGACAUCAAGUCACCUUCACUAGAUGUCACUGUUCCUGAGGCAGAGCUGAACCUUGAGACUCCUGAAAUUAGUGUUGGUGGCAAGGGGAAGAAAAGUAAGUUUAAAAUGCCUAAAAUUCAUAUGAGCGGUCCUAAAAUUAAGGCCAAAAAACAGGGAUUUGACCUGAGUGUUCCUGGGGCUGAAAUUGAUGCCAGUCUCAAGGCUCCCGAUGUAGAUGUCAACAUCGCAGGGCCGGACGCCUCACUCAAAGUCGAUGUGAAAUCGCCGAAAACCAAGAAAACGAUGUUUGGAAAAAUGUACUUCCCAGAUGUAGAGUUUGACAUUAAAUCACCUAAAUUUAAAGCUGAGGCUCCUCUCCCUAGCCCCAAAUUGGAGGGUGAACUCCAGGCACCUGAUCUGGAACUUUCUUCACCAGGGAUUCACGUCGAAGGUCCUGACAUCAAGGCGAAGGCUCCCAAGGUCAAGAUGCCAGGUGUGGACAUCUCAGUGCCAAAAAUAGAGGGUGACCUGAAAGGCCUCAAAGUGCAGGCAAACUUGGAUGCACCUGACGUCAACAUCGAAGGCCCAGAUGCUAAAGUCAAAACACCUUCCUUCGGCGUUUCUGCCCCUCAAGUCUCCAUCCCUGAUGUGAAUGUGAACUUGAAAGGACCAAAGAUAAAGGGUGAUGUCCCCAGCAUGGGACUGGAAGGACCAGAUAUAGAUCUGCAAGGUCCAGAAGCAAAAAUUAAGUUCCCCAAGUUUUCCAUGCCCAAGAUCGGCAUCCCUGGUGUGAAAAUGGAGGGUGGGGGAGCCGACGUCCAUGCUCAGCUACCCUCUCUUGAAGGAGACUUGAGAGGACCAGAUGUUAAGCUCGAAGGGCCCAAUGUUUCUCUAAAGGGGCCGGGAGUAGACUUGCCUUCAGUGAACCUCUCUAUGCCAAAAGUCUCUGGGCCUGACCUUGAUCUGAACUUGAAAGGACCAAGUUUGAAGGGAGACCUGGAUGCAUCUGUUCCCAGCAUGAAGGUGCAUGCCCCAGGGCUCGACCUCAGCGGGGUCGGUGGCAAAGUGCAGGUGGGAGGAGACGGUGUGAAAGUGCCAGGGAUCGAUGCCACAACAAAGCUUAACGUUGGGGCACCAGAUGUGACACUGAGGGGACCAAGCCUGCAGGGAGACCUGGCUGUCUCUGGUGACAUCAAAUGCCCUAAAGUAUCCGUAGGAGCUCCUGAUCUAAGCUUGGAGGCAUCCGAAGGCAGCAUUAAACUUCCCAAAAUGAAGCUGCCCCAAUUUGGCGUCUCUGCUCCAGGGUCCGACUUGCACGUUAAUGCCAAGGGGCCACAGGUUUCUGGAGAACUGAAGGGGCCAGGUGUGGAUGUGAACUUGAAAGGGCCUCAGAUUUCAGCACCGAAUGUGGACUUUAACUUGGAAGGACCAAAAGUGAAAGGGAGCCUUGGGGCCACUGGUGAGAUCAAAGGCCCCACUGUUGGAGGAGGUGUUCCAGGCAUCAGUGUUCAAGGCCUAGAAGGAAACCUCCAGAUGCCUGGAAUUAAGUCCUCUGGAUGUGAUGUGAACCUGCCAGGUGUGAAUGUGAAACUCCCAGCUGGGCAGAUUUCUGGUCCUGAAAUCAAAGGUGGUCUGAAAGGUUCAGAAGUAGGUUUCCACGGGCCUGCUCCCGAUAUCAGUGUGAAGGGGCCUUCCUUUAAUAUGACAUCUCCUGAGUCAGAUUUUGCCAUCAACUUGAAGGGCCCAAAAAUCAAAGGAGGGGUGGAUGUUUCAGGGGGUGUCAGUGCCCCAGACAUCAGCCUCGGUGAAGGGCAUGUGAGUGUUAAAGGUUCCGGGGGUGAGUGGAAGGGACCCCAGGUCUCCUCUGCUCUCAACUUGGACACAUCUAAGUUUGCUGGGGGCCUUCAUUUCUCAGGACCAAAGGUGGAAGGAGGUGUGAAAGGAGGUCACAUUGGACUCCAGGCUCCUGGGCUGAGUAUGUCUGGGCCUCAAGGUCACUUGGAAAGUGGAUCUGGAAAAGUAACAUUCCCUAAAAUGAAGAUCCCCAAAUUUACCUUCUCUGGCCGUGAGCUGGUUGGCAGAGAAGUGGGGGUGGAUGUUCACUUCCCUAAAGCAGAGGCCAGUGUCCAAGCUGGUGCUGGAGACGGCGAGUGGGAAGAGUCUGAAGUCAAACUGAAAAAGUCCAAAAUCAAAAUGCCCAAGUUUAAUUUUUCCAAACCUAAAGGGAAAGGUGGUGUCACUGGCUCACCAGAAGCAUCCAUUUCUGGGUCCAAAGGUGACCUGAAAAGUUCAAAGGCCAGUCUGGGCUCUCUGGAAGGAGAGGCAGAGGCCGAAGCCUCUUCACCAAAAGGCAAAUUCUCCUUAUUUAAAAGUAAGAAGCCACGGCACCGCUCAAAUUCAUUCAGUGAUGAAAGAGAGUUCUCUGGACCUUCCACCCCGACGGGGACUCUGGAGUUUGAAGGUGGGGAGGUGUCACUGGAAGGCGGGAAAGUUAAAGGGAAACACGGGAAGCUGAAAUUCGGUACCUUUGGUGGAUUGGGGUCAAAGAGCAAAGGUCAUUAUGAGGUGACUGGGAGUGAUGAUGAGACAGGCAAGUUACAGGGGAGUGGGGUGUCCCUGGCCUCUAAGAAGUCCCGACUGUCUUCCUCUUCUAGCAAUGACAGUGGGAAUAAGGUUGGCAUCCAGCUUCCUGAGGUGGAGCUGUCAGUUUCCACAAAGAAAGAGUAGCAGGCCUUUGUAUGUGUGUACAUAUAUAUAUAUAUAUAACAAAACAUCAGCCUUGGGUGUGUUCCUACAUAAACUCCAAAGGGAAACACACCGACCGCCUCAGCAAUCAUGCAAAGAUCUUGCCUGGCCCGGUGGCAAGCGCUGAAAAACCGACCGCCUGUAGGCUCCUGGAACUAUACAGAUAGGUAAAGAGUUCCAAGUUCGUCCAGCCCAUGUGCAAAGUCAACAGUAUUUGCCUUAAGAUUUCAUAUAUAUAUAUAUUUUUUGCAUUGACUGCUGAGAGCUCCUGUUUACUACGCAAGCUUUUGUGUUUAUUAUCCUCAUUUUUACUGAACGUUGUUAGUUUUGGGGUAAUGGAAACCCACUUUUUCAUUGUAAUGACUCUGGGGGCUUUUGUUAGUAACGGUGGGGGGGUGAUGGGUUGCAGACGGAGGGCAGGUCUUCCUCUUUUCUGAGACUGGAUCUGUUUAAACAGCAAACACCCACAGAUGGCCCAGAGGUGGCGGCAGUCAGAGUGUGUGGGUGUUUUUAGGGUUCUUUAGCGUUGCUUCUUUGACCAGGGGUGGUGGUCCCAGCCAGUUUGGUGCUGACGGUGAGAGGAAAUUAGAACCUGUUUGCAAAUUGUCCAACCCACCCCCUCAACAUGAGGGGCUUCCAUUUUCUGUGUUUCGUAAGGGAAAUGUUUCCUUCAGGCCGCCAUGUUCCUGAUAUUAGUUCUGAUUUCUUUUUAACCAAUGUUAUCAUGAUUAAGAAAAUUUCCAGCACUUUAAUGGCCAAUUAACUGAGAAUGUAAGAAAAUUGAUGCUGUACAAGGCAAAUAAAACUGUUUAUUAACCUUGA